AACAGUCCCGACGCCCUUUGAUUUCGCAUCGCUUCCGAGUUCAAACCUGCCGACGCCCCAGGUGCACGAACCAUCAGUCUAAACACCUUACCUUCGCCCUAAUCACCGCCUUCCGUUCAACAUGGCAACCGCCGACUCCACUGCCCCUGUCAAUGGCACAUAUGGAACCUACGAAGUCAACAACCAGGCCGCAGCCAACGCCAACAGCGCCUCCUCAUACGGCGCGGUUCAGCAGCAACAGGAACAGAUGUCUUCCGGAAACUCCUCUGAGCUCCCUAAGGAGGAGAUCGGCUGGUACUUCGUCGAGCAAUACUACACCACCCUCAGCAAGAAUCCCGAGCGCCUUUACCUUUACUACAACAAGCGUUCGCAAUUCGUUUCCGGUACCGAGGAGGAGAAGGCUCCCGUUUGCCACGGUCAGAAGUCGAUCAAUGAUCGCAUCAAGGAGCUCGACUUCCAUGACACCAAGGUCCGCGUUACCAACGUGGACAGCCAGGGCUCCGACGACAACAUCGUCAUCCAGGUGAUCGGGCAAAUCUCGAACAAGGGUGAGCCUCACAAGAGGUUCGUCCAGACCUUUGUCCUCGCUGCCCAGACCCAUGGUUACUUCCUUCUCAACGAUAUCUUCCGCUACCUGGCAGACGAGACGGAGGAGGAAGAAGCCCCGCAGGACCAGCAGGAGCCGAUCCCCUCGGGUAUUGUCGAGCCGGCCCCGACUGCUGCUGAGCCCACCGAGCCUGUCAAGCAUGAAGCCGUUGGUGAGAGUGAGGAAAAUUUGGCGAAGGUCGACCAGAAGCUUGAGGAGGUCGCUCACGAGGAGCCUGCUGUCGUUGCUCCUGCACCCGAAGUCAACGGUAGUCCCGCAGCUGAGGUUGCUGAGCCCCCCGUUGCUGCUGCUGAGGAGUCCCCAGCUGUUGCACCCGAGGAGGCUCCCGCCGCCCAAACCGAAGCGCCUGCGAAGGAGGCUGCAGAGCCCGAGAAACCCGCCGAACCAGCUCCCACUCCGGCUCCUGAGGCUCCCAAGCCUGCCGCCGCCGCUACUCCCGCGGCUGCUCCCAAGCCGGCUGUACCACGCACCUGGGCUAGCCUUGCUGCCUCCGCCCACAAGGUAGCCACGCCUGCUGUCCCCGCCCCCACUGCUCAGCCCGGUCAACCGCAGGCGAAGGCUCCGGCACCUGCUGCCAGCCAGGCCCCAGCUGCGCCAGCUGAGAAGCCGGCCCCCGCUCGCGAGCCCUCGCCGUCCACCAGCCAGGGUGAGGCUGCCGGAUGGCAAUCUGUGACUGGCCACAAGAAGGAGCAGUCCCGUUCACAAGCCCAGCCUCCGGCUGCCGAUGGUGAAAACAAGCGAGCUUACAUUAAGAACGUCUACAGUCAGGUCGAGGAGGGUCCCUUGAAGGCCGCCCUGUCCAAGUUCGGCGAGAUUACUUACCUUGAUAUCAGCCGCCAGAAGAACUGUGCCUUCGUCGACUUCAAGACUUUGGCUGGAUUCCAGGCCGCUGUCAGCAACAACCCUCACCGUGUCAAUGGCGUCGACCUCACUGUUGAGGAGCGCCGAAUGCGCCCUCAAGGCUUCGCUCCCUAUUCCCGUGGUGGUUCCCAACGUGGCCGCGGCGGUAUGGGUCAACAGGCCCCUCGUGGCAGCUUCAAUCCUCGUGGUGGUCGCGGCGGCGCCGGUGGACGUGGUGGACGUCCUCAACCUCAAGAGGUUGCCUAAGUGCCUUGUCGUGUGAAGCCAACUGAUUAGGCUUCCCCC